AUGCUUGAUUAUUUAAUUUCAACAUUUAUACAAUUAAAUAAUGAUGAGUUUAGUUCUAUAAUUGAAGAAAUCAUUAACUCUCAUAAAAUAAAUAUCUGCAUUCAAAGAAAAUUGCUUGAUCACCUAAUUCCGACAUUCUUUCAACUAAACGAUGACGAUUUUAGUUUUAGGGUAAAAAAAAUCUUUGAAUCUCGGGAAAUGAACACUUGUAUUCAGAGAAAACGCAUUGAAAUAUUUUUACAAGUUUGUAAUUUAUCUGAUCAACAAAUAUUAGAUGCAUUAAGUCUUUUUGAAGCUAUGACCUAUCCUCGAGGAAGUAAUAAAGGAGAGAUAAUUUCUACAUAUUUACAAAAAAAAGCACGUGAAUUUGUUGAUGCUAGUUUUUAUAAACCUAAAAGCACUAUUAACUUAUUAGAAUUAAAAAAUAAAAAUUUAAAAUAUAAAAUUCAGGGUUUAAAAAGAAAUAAGUUUACCACUAAUGCUCUACUUCGCUUAUUUUCUAUAAAAGUUGCAAGAGCAAAAACGUUAAAACAAAGACAAAUCUCAAAAAUUCCUGCUGAUAUAAGUAAUAUAGGACAAACCUCUAUAUGUGCAACAGUAGAAUGUACUAAAAUCAUAUAUCAAUUCUUGACCAGAGAGAUGCCACAGCAUUGGAGUAUUGUGGUGUAUCAGCAACAGUUAGAAGGAUUGUUUAAUCGUUAUGACAUAAAAGUCCACCCAAAUAUGGAUCCUCAAUUACAAGAAUCACGCAUCCAACUCUCCAUUUCAGACAGUAGAGUUCAAAAUAUUUCUCAAGAAAUGUUGUGA